AUGGGAGAAGUAUUUAAUGGAAUCUUAGCCUUGAAACCUUCGGGUAGUGCAGGUCCGGAUGGGAUUCCAACACAAUUUUUAAUACCGUGUGUGUUUAGCCUAUGUAAGCCCAUUCAAUAUUUAUUCAAUUUAUCCAUUUCCUCUGGUAAAUUUCCUGAUUUUUGGAAAACAAGUUACUUGAUACCAAUUUACAAAUCUGGUGACAAGGAGCUUAUAACAAACUAUAGGGGGAUUUGCAAUCAGUCUGUGUUACCAAAACUUCUAGAUCGAUUAAUUGCUGAGCAGUUAAAAGUAGUAUGUAAACAGAUAAUCGUCGAUGAACAACAUGGAUUCUGUCAAGGCAGAUCAACUCCAACAAAUCUACUUAUUUACCAAAACUAUAUUGUAAGCAGUCUUGAGGGGGGUAAUCAAGUUGAUUUGGUCUAUGAAGAUUUUUCAAAAGCGUUGGAUAGGGUUAAUCAUCAAAUUUUAAUAUAUAAACUCAAUGCAAUGAAUUUUGAUGAUAGGUUUGUUAAGUGGGUAGAAAGCUUCAAUACAACUCGUUCUCAACUAGUAAAAAUCGGCAAAUUCCUCUCAAAGGCAGUUAUUGUAAAAUCCGGAGUUCCUCAGGGGUCCCAUUAUGACUUGAAAAUAUUUAGGAGUAUAUCUUCGGUACUGGACUGUUCGCUUCUCCAGAGUGAUCUCCUAAAGGUUGAAAAUUGUUGCAAAUGGAACGAUAUGGAAACAAAUUUUGACAAAAUAUGCAAGUGUGGUAUGGUCGCCUAUGUAUAUGACCCAUAUCAAAAGUUUGGAAAAGGUUCAAAAUUCGUUUCUACGCACUUGUGCAUGGAAAUUAGGCGGCAGAGGCUUGUUAGCCGCUAG